UAUCCGAUGAUUCUUCUUAAGUUCUUCACAUAUAAUAAUGAAGUCGAUCUGUUUUUUACUCGCUCACUAUUUUCUCAGUUGGUAAAAACAAAAAAACCUGAGAGAUUUUCUCGGGAAACGAGUCCUCUGUUUUUUGUCUUUUCCCUUCUCUCUUUGCCGACGAAUUUGUGUGUGUUUUUUUUUUGUUCUUGAGAAUUCUUGAUUUUGCGGGUACUUGUCUUCAGGUCACAUAGUUUUAUUUUGACAAGAUGAUUCAAAUGGACGGUGGAGAUAGGCUUAGAGUGACGUUCUUAGACCGUAUGUCAACGGUUGAGAAUGGUCGGAGCUCAGUGACUCUUGAAGAUAUUCUGAUGGCUGAAACGAGCGGUUUCCGUUCGCUUACUGCGCCGUCGUCUCCGGCGAGGAACCACUCCAAUGGUAGCUUACUUGACGUGAUGAGAAGAGAGCGCCGCCGCGAUAAAACCGCUUGGAAAUCUUUCCGAGAUAAGCUCCGUCUCAAACGCACCUCUACUGGUUGGAUCUCGUCUAAUAAUCCUAUCCCUACAUUGGAUAGUCCUAUCCGUAAUCUGAAUAGUGAGAGUCAUCGAUUAAACCGUCUUGGAGGACUCCUCUCAAACUCCGAGACUGACCGGAGCAGUGGUGACGUUAGCAACGGUGGAGAUGAGGCGGUGGAGCGAGAAGGAAGACGCCGGUUAGGCACCGUGUUGGCGGCAGAUAGAGAGGAAGUUCAGCCGCCGAGGAUGUCUCUAAUGGAGUUGUUGGAGGAUAAUGAUGGACAAAUGUAUGAUGUCUGCGGCGAGAGAGAAGCGGUGGAGGUGGAGGCGGAAGCCGAGGGAAGAAAUGGUUGUGGAGGAGGAGAGGCGGUGGGGAUGACGGCGACGGCGGAGUUGAGUUGUUGCGUGUGUAUGAUAAGGAGUAAAGGUGCGGCUUUUAUACCGUGUGGACAUACGUUUUGCAGAUUGUGUUCGAGAGAGCUUUGGGUACAGAGAGGAAACUGUCCGUUAUGUAACACUACCAUUUUACAAGUUCUUGAUAUUUUCUAGGUUAGCUUUUCUUUUGCUGCUGUUGUAUAUUAUUAUUCAGGUGAUUCUAUUGUUUUCUUCA